AUGACUAAUUACUGCGGCCACCGUAAUUGCUCGGAGAACAAGUUCCAAUGUGACAAUGGCCACUGUAUUGAGAAGCGGUGGUUGUGUGACGGAGACAACGACUGUAAGGAUGGAUCUGAUGAACGGAACUGCACGAUUCAAACCAAACGUCCAGAUAUAGUGGAAAGUUGUUCUGGCAACGGUUUCGCGUGCAGCAAUGACAGCAGUAUGUGUAUCCCUAACUCGUGGGUGUGCGACGGGGAGAAGGAUUGUGACAAUGGAGAGGAUGAGAAUGAACAGCGGUGCAAGGACUCCACCUGCGCCCCUUACAUGUUCCGGUGUCCCAGCGGCAAAUGUAUAUUCAAAUCUUGGGUCUGCGACGGUGAAAACGACUGCGGCGACGAGCACUCCUCAGACGAGAAGAACUGUUCAAGUUCUCAGCAUUCUAAAUUGCUCCCUAUCCCUGGCACAGAAAAGCCUAAUUUCUCUAGCAAUGAGAGGUGUUUACAGUGGAUGUUUAAAUGUGACAAUGGAAACUGUAUGCCGGACUGGUGGAGAUGUGAUGGUAUCGAUGAUUGCGGAGACAAGUCCGACGAGACCGGCUGUGGAUUUGACAUGCCACCAUCUGAGUUGGUCCCAGUCAUCCGUGACCAUACUCCGGUUGUUAAGAGGUGUGGCAAGAAUGACUUCACUUGUGCACCUGGUCGCUGCAUCCCGCUGAGCUGGGUGUGCGACGGGGCGGCGGACUGCGAGGACGGGUCGGACGAGCAGUCGUGCCGCGGCCACAGCGCGCCGCCGCCGCGCUGCGGGCCCGACCGCACGCCGUGCCGGGGCGGCGCCGCCUGCGUGCUCACCGAACAACUCUGUGACGGCGUCUUCCACUGCGACGACAAGAGCGACGAGAUGAACUGUCCUGGCACGUCUACUCGCAAGCCAACAGUGGAAUGUGAGCGCGGCUACUUGAUGUGUGACGACGGAACCAACUGCGUGCCGCAGGUCAGCGUCUGCAACGGACGACAGGACUGCUACGACGGCAGCGACGAACUCAACUGUACCAGCGACCUUAACGAUAAUACUCAUGUCUACCAGUUCCUGAGCAUUGGCGUGGACCAAUCUUCUAUAAACUCGACGAGUUUCCUGAUCUCUUGUUGGAUGGCGCAGCAGAAGAUGGUGCUGUAUAGCUUCCUACCUUCCAUCUCUAAAGUCAGCGACGGAGUGUGGCUCAACAAGACUUGGACCAACGACAGCAUUUACAGAUUUACUGAUCUGGAGCCUUACACAAACUACAAUGUGACUUUCUACAUCAGAGACAGCAAGUCUAACAGAACUUAUGCAUCCAUGAAGUAUGUAAACACCACCACUGGAGAAGGAGUACCAUCGCCACCAAUUCGUCUAAGCGUCCGUCAGUUGAUCGGUCACCGUAUCAACGUAGUAUGGGACCGUCCAGUGUCCCCGCGCGGCGCCAUCCAGUCCUACACCCUGUACUACGCGCCUCCACUGCCGCCCGUCGCCAAGCUCAUCCCAGCCACUGAUCAGAAGACCAUGUCCGUAGAUGUCACCGGAUUCUUCAAACCGUUCAAUAACUAUUCCUUCUGGGUGACAGCAACAAACAACGCAUUCACGUCUACAUCGUCCCAAGUGAUGAACAUAACGUUUGACCCGGUCAACGAUGUAGAUGACCUCGUCAACGCCAGUUUGACGCGACUCAACGCGAGCUCCGUGAGACUCGACUGGCAUCAAAUAAGGAACGUCGACGGAUACGUUGUUAGAGUACGACUACCGCCAGAGUACGCGAUGCUAGACCCCAUCGUUACUGAGGCUACUAAUGUUACAUUGACGAACCUGCCACCCGGAGUCCUAACAUACAUUGACAUAAAGGCCUACAAGAACAAAGUGUACGGCGAUCCAUUCACCAUUCCAUUCCGUACUGAAGGCACCCCAGAUGAGGUAUUGAACUUCACAGCUAUACUGUCCAAGGAACGGAAAACUUCUGUCUAUGUAUCUUGGAGUCCACCCACUGGAGACAGGUAUAAAGAUAAAGAACUGGAGUAUGAAGUCCAUUAUACCAAUAUGAUUCAUAGGACUACCACCCCUGGAGAAAUGUCUAAUGAUACUCGCAUUAUAACAAAGAACACGAGCGUGCUUAUAGAAGGUUUGCACGCGUGCGAGACGUACAUAUUCACCGUCGGAAUACGAGGGGGACCACUCAGCAUGUUCAAGGGAAUCAUCACACGCGAGAACGACAUGGCUCCUGUGAAGAACUUGCACGUUGAAUACGAUGAGGAUAAGCAGCAGAUGAAGAUCUUAUGGGACGCUCACUGUAACGCUUUUAGAACACCUACCACUUACACGCUGGACGUGACAGAACUGACACAUGACCGCAAGAGUCACUACGAGCUCGCUCUGUCGCGACAGUCGAGUUACUCGCAUACUAUCGUCGAUGUACCCAUCGGUGGGAGAUAUAACAUCUGCAUACAUGUGACGGUCCCGGGCGCGGCGGCGACGUGUCGCGCGGCGCGCGGCCAGCGCCUGCAGCCGCCCAGCGAGGUGCUCGCCUGGCUGGCGCCCAACGGACACGUCAUGGUCAGCUGGGACGACCGCCCGCUGCACCAACACGAGUACGAAGUGAUAAUAUCUAAGAAGGAGAUACCGGAGGACUUGCUGCAGCCGACGGAAGACAUGAAGACGAUGAAGGCGGAGAUGUCGCCGUGCUUGCUGACGGCGCCUGACGACGUGUCGGGCCCGCUGUACGUGGGAGUGCGCGCCGUCACCGCGGACGGGUACUACAGCGACCUCAGCGAGGUGCACACGCUCACUAUGGAGGGAUCAGAAAUAGAUGAACCAUCAGCCCUUCGCGCCAUGUGGUGGGGCUGGGGCGGAGCCCUGCUGGUGUGCAUCGUGCUGGGCGGAGCCCUACUCCACGUGGCGCUCAGGCACCGCCGCCUCGCGCGGUCCUUCCUCAGGUUCACUGCGCACACUCCGCGCUAUGAUAGCAGGCGAGGACAGGCCAUCAUUGGCGAAAAUGACGACGACGACGUGCCUCCCAUCCACGGGUUCUCGGACGACGAGCCGCUCGUGAUCGCGUGAGCUCCGCGCCCGCGCCGACUAAUGUGAUGUAACCGUGAUCUUGUCAAAAAAAAUAGUAUUUAUUUUUUCAUAAAAAAAACUUGCACGUUUUAAAGCAAAUUUUUAAUCUGCUUGUGGUUGUAAAAUUAUGUUAGUUACAGUAGUCGAAUUGAAUUGCUUCACCGCGAUUGAGACAUCGAUAGAGCGCAUCGACAGAUUUAUGAUUAUUAUUAUUAUUUUCUAUUUGAAAUGCCCCGAGUAUUAUUAUGUUAUUCAGAAUCAAAUUAUAUUAUUUUAGUUUAAUGAUCGCUGCGUGCGUUUCCCUGGUAGUGGGUAAAGUUUAGCCGAAUUAGUGACAAUGAUAGAGUGCCAGGGGAACCUGCACAGCGCGACCGACGGGCUGUAAAUGGUAAGACUUGUUAAAUUAUGUUUAUGAUACGUAAAGACAUAAGUUCUAAGUUUCCGGGCAUAUCGGAAUCGUUGUAGGUAACAUGAACAAUUCUCAUUUCAUUAUAAUAAUUCGGCACCAAAGAAUAGAAGUACAACGUAAAGAGAUAUUAACAUCUACGCUGUUGUUACAUUAUAAUGGAUCUCGACAUUCCCAAUGUGUGUAGUGUUUUUACUUUAGUUCCUAUAGAACGUUUAGUGCCGCGUCAUCGUAUUUGACCAGUCUCAUGAAAUUGUUAAGUUAUCGUUAUAUGGCUGGGCUCAUAUAUUAUGUAAACUAAGAACAUGAAAUAAAUAAAUGUUUAAAAUGCCAA